GGUCCAGCCUGUGAGUUUCCCUCUGUGUCGCCGCCUGCCUACUGAACACGUAAGCGGCAAUUUGCAGUUCAAAGUGGAACCUACAUCGACUGGUCCUGAUGGGGCCUCCCCCGAGUCUAUCAUCGACAUUUCAUCCUUGAAUGGAGCUCCAGGGACUCCAUCCGAUGAUGAAGACCUGCCCCAUCACCUUCCAGGAAUCUUAUCUUCGGUCCCUUCUCCUACCGGUUCCCAGGGCUCCCAAAUCAUGUGGGAAGGCGGGGCCACCGCCUACCCAGAAAAGGAACUGCCUCUUGUGGGAGCUGAGAGCAGAUUUGUGGAGCAUGAAAGCCUGUCGUGCCAUGAAAUGCUCCAGAGGUCUCUCAGUGAGGGCCUGGCUGCCAUCGAGGCCCCCAAAGGCCCCGGUGAAAGACCCCUGGGUGCAGCCUCACCUAAACUUCGCUCUAGCUUCCCCACUCACACAAGACUCAGCGCCAUGUUGCACAUCGACUCAGACGAGGACGAUGAUCGGUCCGGGGCCAACGACAUCUUUCCCAUGCCGCUGUCCCCGCUGCUGAUGAAUGGAGAUCCUCCAGAUGUCAGCGGCCCCGAUGAAGAUGACCCUUUUCCUGAGUUCCAGCAGGAGCAGCAUCAGCUGGAGCCUGCAGCGCUGGUGGAGGAGCCUGGGGGGGCGGGUGGAGCAGAAGCCCUGCCCCCUGAGGCAGAGGGGGCCCUGGAGAUGGGGCUGGACUUGGAGGAUGUGUUGGAGCCUGAUGUCUUCUCCGAAGUGGAAGAGGCCCCUUUUACAGAAGCCGUGUCCCACAACGCUGUGCUAGAGGGUGAAGGGCACGAGGAGGGGAGGGGCCCUGGCGAGGACCCCUCCUCAGAUAUGGACACCUGCUCCAUGGCAACAGCCCCGCAGACAGCCUUGUCAUCAUCAGAGAGCUGUCCAAUCACUGCCAAAACUGCCGUGGAAGCGGAGGAAGGAGCGGAGACGGCCAUAGAUCCGGGGGGAGACGUGGUUUCGGGAACCCCUCCUACAAAUCAAGCUGUGGAUGAUGAAGGGGGUGGGCAGGUCGCUCCAUCUGAGGCUGCAGGAGAGCCCCCCCCAGUCACCGAGCAGAUGGGGGAGGAGCUCAGUGUGAGGAGGCUGAGCCUGCAGGCUGCAGGGGGCGUGGCCGAAACACAGGAAGGGGAGGAGACUAAACCUUGCGAGGAGGCGGGCUCUGCUGACUCCACAGAAACAGAUGGAGAGGAAGGCUCUCACGUUAAUGGCCAUCCUGUACGUUCACUUCCUUCUGUGCGUCAUGACAUCCACCGAUACCAACGUGUGGACGAGCCUCUGCCUCCCA